AUGGAGACCACGACAGCAGAAACACCCAAGCUCGAGCGUCGGGGCUCAGCACCAGUUCCACGGCACAUUCAGAAGCAGAGAGAAGAGGCUGCUGCUGGUGGUAGCCCGCAAACCCCUAAUGGCAUUUCUAGUUAUUACGAGAGGCCUGGUGUCAUGGCCGAGAUGGAUGAAGAUGUUUGGUCGCAAUCAGAAGCGACGCCAGUCGUACAGCACUUUCCAGCUGGUAAAGGUGGUCUACCUGGGGGCGAUUGGCAAGCUCUGAACCCUGGCACAACAUUCGAUCCACCUGUCAACCACAUGAUGAUCGAUCCAUUACUUCUUGGUUCAAACGCUGCGUACCCGACGAUGCACGCCGAGAUGCCUCGCGAAGAGCUCAUGUAUGCCAUGAAUGGUACGUACGAUGGACGAGCCCGGAGUACUUCGCACCACUCGCAGUCUGUGUACAUGUCUCGUUUGUCUCGCAUGCAUCUCAUCCCCGGCCCUAACGGAACACCGGUUUCGAUCCCCCCUGAGUACGCCAACAUGGCCUACCCAAUGCAGUACCAGCAAGCUGGAAGGCAAUCAUCACCCCGUAGUUAUGGUUCCGUCGACACAGGAUCGCCACAAUCGGGAGUUAGCGUAAACUCUUCGCAAAACGCCCCUGCCAUAGCCGCCUGUAGAUACCCAGUCUUGGGACCACUGCUUCCCCAUCUAGGACCAAUACUGAAUGCCACCACCGCAUGCGACCUGCUCGAAUUCUACUUCCAAAGUUCCUCGUCGGUAUUUAUGGAACCAGUUUCGCCGUAUAUUCUCGGGUCUGUCUUUAGGAAGCGAAGUUUUCUACGACAACACAAGCCGAGAAAAUGUAGUCCCGCUCUGCUUUCGAGUAUGCUUUGGGUCGCUGCGCAGACCAGCGAAGCGAGCUACCUGACCUCAUCGCCGUCUGCAAGAGCUAUUAUCAGCCAGAAGUUGUGGAAACUGACUGUGGAUCUACUCAAACCCCUCGUUCAUUCUCCAUCCUCGCAUGGGUUCGCACCAGGACCUGGACUGACAUCCGCCGCACACGACGCCUUUGGAGUUGAUCGAGCAAUAGGACGCUACGAUGGAAGACCUGACGGAGCCAUGCCACCCACAAGUACGUUGGACGAUGUCGCCACAUAUAUCAAUCUUGGCGUAGUCACUUCUGCAAGCGAGUACAAGGCGGCUUCCCUACGGUGGUGGAACGCGGCGUGGUCGCUAGCCCGAGAGCUCAAGUUAGGCCGAGAAUUACCACAAGGACCUGUUAAAGAGCGAGAGACAACCGCAACAGAUGGGGAGAUAGAAGUGAGCAUGUCGGAUUGCUCUAGUGCGCAAGCGCCUGUGGGCACCCCAGCCGCGGCAGUCGUGGAGGAAAUGAAAGAGGAGAGGCGUCGACUGUGGUGGUUACUCUACAUGGUCGAUAGGCACCUUGGACUAUGUUAUAACCGACCCUUGGCCAUGCUUGAUAACGAAUGCGAGGAUCUGUUCCAGCCAGUUCCGGACACGCUCUGGCAAGCGGGCGAAUUCUAUACGGGCCAUCCUGGAGCGCGAAAACGGGGACUCAACUUCGAGUGUACAUCGCAUGAUAUAUUCGGUUUCUUUCUGCCAUUAAUGACAAUUCUUGGAGACAUUGUCGAUCUAAACGCCCAGAAAAACCACCCCAGAUUCGGUCAGCGGACAUCCUGGGAGCUUCACGAAGCAGAAAUCACCCGCCAGUUGGAACGGUACGCGUACAGCAUCGAAGACUUCAAGGCACAACACGGCUGCGGCUCGAACGAGGAAGCUCAAUCGAACAGUACACCCGACCCAGUCCGCAGCGAAUGGAUUCACCAGACCAGGAAAGUCGCAGCCUAUGCUACUCAUAUAAUGCAUGUGUUGCAUAUCCUGUUGCACGGCAAAUGGGAUCCCGUGGCACUUCUGGAGGAUGACAAUAUGUGGAUAUGCUCACAGUCCUUCCUUGCGGCAACAUCCAACGCGAUAUCGGCUGCCCACGCUGUCGAGGUAAUAUUAGACGUGGAUCCGGAUUUGUCGUUUAUGCCCUACUUGUUCGGCAUGUAUCUCUUGCAGGGAAGCCUUAUCCUGCUUCUCUUAGCCGACAAGUUGUCUACUGAGACUAACGACGGGGUCAUUCGCGCAUGCGAAACGAUUGUUAGGGCACAUGAGGCUGCGGUCGUAACUCUCAAUACAGAGUAUCAGAGAAACUUCCGCAAAGUGAUGAUUUCAACAUUAGCGCAAAUCAAAGGCCACGGGCACGCAAGAGAGAUGACGCCUGCGAAGAGGCGAGAAGUACUAUCCUUAUACCGCUGGACGAGUUUGGGGAACGGGCUGGCUAUCUAA